GAGCCAACCACGGCGCGUCUCCCCACAUCCACUUUCACACUCUUCUCACGUCUCUUAAGGACUCGCAAGGGACACUUAAGCACACCAUGGCGUCCCGUCCAGAGAUGCGAGAGGAUGAUGAGUCCGGCUUCUGCAAGUUCUUCCGCAAUCUGUCUCACAAGGACGAGGACACCGUCCGGAUAUUCGACCGAGGCGACUACUACAGUGCCCAUGGAGAAGAUGCGAAGUUCAUUGCAAACAGCGUCUACCGCACGACAGCUGUACUCCGCAAGUUGGGACGAGAACCCGGCCUCGAAUCAGUCACCAUGACCACGAUGGUCUUCCGCAAUUUCCUCCGAGAUGCAUUGUUCCGGCUGAGCAAACGCAUCGAGAUAUGGCAGUCGACGGGCAAGCGCAUGGACUGGAAAGUAGUGAAGCAGGCAUCACCGGGCAACUUGCAGGACCUCGAGGACGAGCUUGGUGGACAUGUUGACAGCUCGCCAAUCAUCCUCGCUGUCAAAAUCUCUGCCAAAGCUUCAGAAGCUCGGAAUAUUGGUGUCUGCUUCGCUGAUGCCAGUGUACGCGAGCUUGGUGUGACGGAAUUCCUCGACAACGACCUUUACUCGAACUUCGAAGCGCUCCUGAUUCAGCUCGGUGUGAAGGAGUGUCUCAUACAAGCAGAUGGAAACAAGAAGAAUGUGGAGCUCAACAAGCUGCGUACGAUCGCCGAUAACUGUGGCUGCGCAGUGGCAGAGCGAGGUGCGGCGGAUUACGGAACAAAGGACAUCGAGCAGGACCUGCCUCGCCUGCUGAAGGAUGACGGUGCAGCAGGCACACUACCCCAUACUGAUCUAAAAUUGGCCAUGGGGGCAGCAGCCUGUCUCAUCAGGUACCUUGGCGUCAUGUCCGACCCAUCCAACUUUGGCCAGUACCAGCUGUAUCAGCACGACCUUACACAGUACAUGAAGCUCGAUGCAGCAGCUCUGAAGGCGCUCAAUCUGAUGCCGGGACCUAGAGACGGAGCGAAGAACAUGAGCCUGUACGGCCUGUUGAACCACUGCAAGACACCCACAGGCAGUCGACUGCUCUCACAAUGGCUGAAACAGCCUCUGAUGAACCUGGCUGAGAUUGAAAGACGCCAGCAACUUGUGGAAGCAUUCGUCAACGACACAGAGCUGCGUCAGACGAUACAGGAAGAGCAUCUACGAUCAAUACCAGAUUUGUACCGUCUUGCAAAGAAAUUCCAACGCAAAGCAGCAAACCUGGAGGACGUUGUCCGUGCUUAUCAAGUCAUCAUUCGGCUCCCUGGAUUUCUGGAGUCGCUUGAUGCGGUCAUGGACGAACAGUACAAAGACCCUUUGGAUGCCGAGUAUACCUCCAAGCUGCGACAGUAUUCGGCAGCCUUUGUGGGCCUUCAGGACAUGGUCGAGACGACUGUUGAUCUCGAUGCACUCGACAACCACGAGUUUAUCAUCAAGCCAGAGUUCGACGAGGCAUUGCGAACGAUCCGCAAGCGUCUUGAUAGGCUCAAGCGUGAGAUGGAAUCUGAACACAUAAGGGCCGGUGACGACCUUAACCAGGAUACAGAGAAGAAGCUCUUCCUCGAAAAUCACAAGGUUCACGGGUGGUGUUUCAGACUGACAAGGAAUGAAGCAGGCUGCAUCCGUCAGAAAAAGCAGUACCAGGAGAUCUCGACACAGAAGAACGGCGUCUACUUCACAACACCGUCAUUGCUGGAGAAGCGUAGAGAGUUCGAUCAGCUGUCAGAGAACUACAACCGGACUCAAUCUGGACUCGUCAACGAGGUCGUCGCUGUUGCGUCCUCAUAUGUUCCAGUCGUCGAGAAACUGGCAGCCGUGCUUGCGCAUCUCGACGUCAUCGUCGCCUUCGCACAUGUGUCUGUACACGCGCCCACAUCAUACACAAGGCCAACGAUGCAUCCGCGCGGUACAGGCGACACCAUCCUCAAGGAGGCGCGACAUCCUUGUCUGGAGAUGCAGGACGACAUCUCCUUCAUUACCAACGACGUCAGCCUGGUACGCAGUGAGAGCGAAUUCCUCAUCAUUACAGGCCCCAACAUGGGCGGCAAAUCCACCUACAUCCGGCAAAUUGGCGUCAUCGCUCUUAUGGCACAGAUAGGGUGCUUCGUGCCAGCUUCAGAAGCAGAACUUACCAUCUACGAUUGCAUUCUGGCGAGGGUGGGUGCAAGCGACAGCCAGAUCAAAGGUGUCUCCACGUUCAUGGCAGAGAUGUUGGAGACCGCAAACAUCUUGAAGUCCGCCACGAAAGAGUCUCUCAUUAUCAUCGACGAGCUGGGUCGUGGCACAAGCACAUACGACGGUUUUGGUCUAGCAUGGGCCAUCUCCGAGUAUAUCGUUAAGGAGAUUGGCGCUUUUGCACUUUUUGCAACGCAUUUCCAUGAGCUUACGGCCCUCUCCAAGACAUACUCGCAAGUAGAGAACCUCCACGUUGUCGCACACAUAUCGGAAGGCACACUGGACACAGAGAGCGGCGUGCGGAAGAAGCGCGAGGUAACACUUCUCUACAAGGUAGAGCCAGGCUUCUCCAAUCAGUCUUUCGGCAUCGACGUCGCUGAGCUGGUCCGCUUCCCACGGAAGGUCAUCAACAUGGCUAAGCGCAAGGCAGACGAGCUAGAGGACUUUGCUGGCAAGCACGAGCAAGGCUUUGUGCAGGCAAGCAAGGAAGACGUCGAAGAGGGAAGUAAGCUACUCAAGGCCAUGCUCGCCAAGUGGAAGGAGGAGGUCGAGAGCCAGGGAUUGACCAAGGAACAGCAAGUUGAGCGGAUGCGCGAGCUGGUCAGAGAGAAUCAGGCGUUGCAUGCAAACGGCUUCUUCAAGGGCAUCCAGGCGUUGUGAGAACUUGUGCCGAUACGUUCAGCUAGGCGUUUGGAGUGUACGGCUACACGGCUCGGGGUGGUUCAUCUCUGGAGUCAUACGAAGGCAGUCAGCAUAAUUUCAGCGAUACCACAGCAAUUCGAUUGAUUCCACGUCACCCCUUGCGAGCUGGUUAAUGCUCGGAGCUAGGAGCCAAGCAGCCAAUGAUGCGCUGUGGCACAGCCACUCGGCGCAGCGCCAACCCCGCCAUGCUUCCGCAUCCUACCCUCCUGCUCCGCGCCCCAGCUAUCUCGACCACACUGCCCUGGUCCUCUCUUGUUUCCUCUCGGCCCUCCUCAGCUUCACACAUCUGCAACUAUGGCACCCUCACAGUCACUAGCGGUAAGUGCAUCUCGAAAGUGGAAGGAGCUCAAGCUGACUCGCGUAGAACAAGCUCAAGGUGCAGCUCAAGCUGUCGAUAUCGCGGCUACGCAUGGUGCAGCAGAAAGAC